CGAGUGGUGGGCACGCUUUUCUGGUCACCUACCCUCAGGAAAAUGACGAGACUGCCCCUCCUCCGUCUCUGCGCCACCCGCUCCCUGGGCGGAAGCCCUCAGGAAGCCACGCGCACACCGCAACUGGUCGACGACGACUUCCUCGUCUCUCUCCUCCGGCCUCGAGUCGCCUCCGAUCCGUCCGAGAAAACAAAACAAACCGAAAGAAGAAAGGCGACGAGGAAGAGAAGGCUCUCCGCGAGAUCUGGGGGAGCUCCCAUUCUCAAGAUGCACGACUUCUGCUUCACCAUCCCCUACGGGUUCGCCGUGCUGGCCGGCGGCGUGCUGGGCUACCUCCGCCGCGGCAGCACCGCCUCCCUGGCGGGGGGCGCCGGCGCCGGCGCGCUGCUCCUCCUCGCGGGCUUCGUCAGCCUGAAGGCCUUCGAGAAGAGACGCAACUCCUACGUCGCCCUCGCGCUCGAGACGCUUUGUGCAUUAGCCUUAACUUUCGUUAUGGGGCAAAGAUUCCUCGAGACUUCGAAGAUUAUGCCAGCUGGUGUCGUUGCUGGCCUCAGUGCUGUGAUGUCCGCGUUUUAUCUGUUCAAAAUUGCAAGCGGCGGCAACCACAUCCCACCAAAGAAAGAGUAAACUGGACUCUAACUUGUAAAGUAUGUUCGAUUGAACUCGGAAGACUACGAGCCACUGCGUUAUCUAGUUGCAUGGUAACUUCAGGUACUAGCAUCUUGUUCUCCAUUUGUGGUGUGGCUAGAGUGUACCAUGGUUUGUGAACAUUGUAAAAGAAAUAAGUAUGCGGUUCACGGAAAUGAAUAUGAACUUCCCUGUGGCGGCAGGCGCGAAAGAAUUAAGAGGUCUAAACGUGGAAUA